AUGCGAGCUUUGUCUCAUGGCAAGGAUCCUUCAUGUAGCUGCCCUUUCGAUAAGAAAAGGAGUGGCUUUAUUUUAAGUGAGGGUGUCGGGUUACUGCUAUUGGAGCGGUUACAGGAUGCCCUUGACAGAGGUGCUACAAUUCUCGCUGAAAUCAUUGGUUACGGUGAGACCUUUGGAAUUUCCUCCGAUUGCUACCACAUUUCGAGUCCAGAUCCAUCCGGCAUCGGAGCUCGACUUUCCAUGCAAAGAGCCAUUGAAGAUGCCAAAAUCAAACCAGACGAUGUGACAUACGUCAACGCUCACGCGACAUCGACACCAACUGGAGACACGAUUGAAGCGCUAGCGAUUCGAGAAGUCUAUGGAAAAAGGAACCUGGCAGUGUCAUCGAUAAAAGGACACAUUGGCCAUCUCCUUGCUGCUGCUGGCUCUGUUGAAACUAUAGGGACGAUAGCGGCAAUUCUCGAGAGGAAGUUACCUGCAAAUUUGAAUCUCAGCGAAGCGGACGAAGGCGACGCUGAAGGUUUGGAGUUGCUGAAAGAAGUGAAGGAGUGGGCGACUCCACGAAUCGCUAUUGUGAAUUCUUUUGGAUUUGGUGGUACAAAUGCUAGUCUUAUCUUGAGGGAAUAUGAAAAAUAA